UCUAGGUGACAGACAAAAAAUGCCUCAAUGUACGUGAACUUUGAAACUAAUGCUACAGUCACAGAUUCCUGAGGGAGUGUUAUUUUUGAUCUGGGUAUAACAAGCUACAUGCAGUCAGUUUUGUCUGGUACAGACCAUAGACUGUAUAUGAAAAGGUGCAGACAUUGGUGAAGCCUGGUAGAAAGCAGUUCACAGCGGAGGAACACGGAAGUGUCGGUGUCAAACCACAGUGAGGAUGGCGCUGCGGGCUGUUGGGAGUUGUUUGUCGCAUUUUCAGAGGAACUGUUUCAAGAUUGUCUCCUUUCAAACACGAGGGGAUGUCAGAUUCAAAAGAAGCUGCCCAGUUGAAGUGAGCCAUCUGGACCAUUUGGUUAUCACUGUGAAAAGUGUACCAGACACCAUCAACUUUUACACCUCAGUCCUUGGCAUGGAGGUUGUCACUUUCAAGGGAAACCGUAAGGCUCUGGGUUUUGGGCAGCAGAAGUUUAACCUUCACCAGCUGGGUCAGGAGUUUGAGCCAAAAGCCAAGUAUCCAACCUCUGGAUCUGCAGAUCUGUGCCUUAUAACCAAAACCCCUCUGGCUACAGUAGCUGAACAUCUGAAGGAUUGUGGAGUCAAGAUAGAAGAGGGUCCAGUGCAGAGGACUGGGGCUGUGGGGACCAUCACCUCACUGUACUUCAGAGAUCCAGACAACAAUCUCAUUGAAGUGUCGAACUACAACCAGUCAACAUCAGAGGGGUCUUCCUGAGACCUCUUCGGCCUUAUUUGUGAACACAUGAAAAUACAUCCAAACUCUGCACCAACUCUGUCCGUCACGCCUACUUUGCACAAUUACUGUUUCAGCUAUGAGGCUUUGAGACUAAAAUGACUGUAGUUCAAACACUAGAUUUAGACUGGCCUAGAUAACAUCGGUUGGCUGUGGAAAGACGCAUUUCCUGUGUAGUUCUGCUGACUAUUAGUUGCUAUUUUAAUUAUGUGUGGAAAAGGGCUGUUUUGUUUUUUAUAAUACCAUGAAAGGUGAAAAAGUCAACACCUGACAAAGUUUAGUUAUAUAAACAAAGGGUUACACAUGAGGAUUUUUCUCUCUGUGCAACCAAAAAGUAAUAAAAGGUUCUUCCUUGUUCUUGUUGCAGAAUAACUUGCCCAUUUGAAUGAAAAACAAAACAAAACAAUUUUCCAUUGCUUGUGAUUCAUAAUGUUUUACUGAAAUAAUAUGAAUGUUACUUAAUAAUCAAAAUAAACACAAUUUUCCAAUUUGCUGUAUAUUACAACAGCUGUACUGAUGUGCUGGGUGUAAAUCUACAAGCUGCCGUGGAGUUUAAUGCAGAGACAGUGAUGGCAAAAAUCGUCAAACCUACAUGUUUUUGACAUUCAAAAAACGCAAGACAGAGACAAACAAGACUGUUAAAAGACUGAGUAAGUACAUGAGUAAGCAUUGUGCAGCAAACACACAAUUUGUUUGUUGGUCAGCUGGUUAACACUUCAUGCAAUAUAACUACUGUGAAAUUCAAUGUUACUCCCUCAAAAGUUGAAUUUACAAUUAUUUACACACUAUACUUUUAAAGGUCAUUGCUUGCAGUUUGAAUAAAAUAAAACUUAAUCACAUAGCUUCUCA